GGUGGUUCGCGGCUUCACUACGACAUCAUUCGUUGACGGACUAUGUACAAAUCAACGUGCGUGACCUGACAACUGUCUCAAGACAAAUGUAAACAUCAGUGGACGGCAGUGCUGUGUUACACCUCUAGUAUAUUAUAUAGUAGUCUUUGUGUAACUCUGGAAAUAUCAACGCAUGAAAACAAACGUGUUUCCACGGAACGGCGUUUGGUGCUUGGUCUGCGGGGACGUGGGGCGAGCGCAACACGGGACAUCCAGGUGAAAGAGCACCCUAAUGCUGACCUUAAGCUUGGGUGGACGUGUCAGGUCUUGUGUUCUCCAACCUCUGGCCCGUCUUUUUACUGCUCCCAGCAACAUGGCCAAGAGCAAGUUUGAGUACGUCCGCAACUUCGAAACCGACGACACUUGUCUGAGAAACUGCUACAUUGUUGUGAGGCUGGAUGGCCGCAACUUUCACAAGUUCGCAGAGAAGCACAAGUUCAUGAAGCCCAAUGAUAACAGGGCUUUGGACCUGAUGACUCGCAGUGCACGCUCCGUUAUGGAGGAAUUAGAGGAUAUUGUUAUCGCUUAUGGUCAAAGUGAUGAGUUCAGCUUUGUUUUCAAGAGGAGCUCUUCUUGGUUUAAGAGGAGAUCCAGUAAGCUCAUGACUCAUGUGGCCUCCCAGUUCUCCUCCUCAUAUGUGUUUUACUGGAAGGAGUUUUUUGAAGAGCAGCCUCUCUUGUACCCCCCGGGCUUUGAUGGGCGAGUGGUCCUGUAUCCCAGCAACCGCAACCUCCGAGACUACCUCAGCUGGAGGCAAGCAGAUUGUCACAUAAAUAAUUUGUACAACACAGUGUUUUGGACUUUAGUACAAAAGGGAGGACUCACCACACAGCAGGCAGAAGAUCGCUUAAAGGGAACAUUAGCUGCAGACAAAAACGAGAUCCUGUUCUCUGAGUUUGACAUCAACUACAACACUGAGUCUGCCCUCCACAAGAAAGGCACCACUCUCAUUUGGGAAAAGCGAGACGAAACUGUCACCAAGCGCCACAAGCUACCAAGCGGAGAGGAGAAGGAUGUGGCGGUGACCCGCAGCAGGAGGAGUGUGCAGGCCCACCACGGAGACAUCAUAGGAGAGCAGUUCUGGGAGGAGCACCCGGACAUCCUGGAGGACGACAGCUGCUGACGGCUCCUGCGCUGUGUCUCCGAGCUGAGGAGAGCCGUGCAGGCAGUGGACGUGUGCUGGAGCAGCUUGAUGUGGACUGAUGUCGCUGAACAACUGUGUCAGACAGCACGCUAGCCAUGAAUGACGCGUGAUGGCCCUCCAAGAGACUCAAGCCUUUAAUGGUUGACUUUGUACCAUUUGCUCUCCUCACAGCUGGAACAUAUUGUUCAUUUUGGGUAUUAAACUUCAGUCAUCAUUUAAAGUAGGUUUUCUGCUGAAAAUGGAUGCACUGAUCCCUUUUUUGGAUCUCAAAUAGCCUUUUUGUUCAGCUUGUACUUAUUCUGCAACCCCUACUGCAAAGAGUUCAAUAUCACUUUGUUUGUGGUGAGAAAGAACCAAACUGAGGCAGGAAAAACCAGAGUAAAGCUGAAACCAAUACCUUGGCAGGAACAAGUGGCGUUGUCAUGCAGCCAGGACACCAUUUAGAGAUGUGAAUGAAUUUGGCGGCCGGCACUGUCAUCGGGGGCUAAGAAUACCUCUCACACCCUGCGUGCACAUACACCUCUGACAUGUGCUGCGUGGCAUAUUUAUCAUUGCACUCAUAAAUGGCCAGCUCAGUAUGAAUGGCAGCUGGAAGCCUGAAGCACUGUAUUUUGAUACUGUGUAGUAAGCUCGGUUACCUUCAGGUAUUACAGUUGUAUUUUUGGUCUCCUGGUCAUGUUGAUUAAAAAACUGUAGCUACUGUACUUAAUGAAACCAGGAUCCAACUCACAAAGCUCUCCAGCAAAUUCUCUCCCUAGAGACCUCUUUAAUGAGCAAUUGGGAACUGCAUUUAAAUGAACUUAAAGUGUACAAAAACGUUGUGAUUCUUUUCUUAAUGGCAUUAACUGAAACCUGUGGUCGAUUCACUUGGACCAGUGCCAACACAUACACUCACUGGACAAAUGGCCUCACAGUAGGGAAGCUAUCUAAAGUAACCACAACAUGUGGAGGCAAGGGGUGCAGUUAUUUAAAGGUGGCACGUGGGCCUAAGCCCAAUCCCGUUGGGGUACUGGUCGGUUAAAAAAAAAAAAAAA